AUGAAUUAAGAAGAAAAGUAAAAUGAAAACAAAGAACCAGAAGUAAAGGAUAACGUAGAAGAGUUUGGUAUGAAGGUGUUAUCUGCAGGUUAGAUAUUAUAUAAAUGCUUUAGAGGAAUAAAAAAAGAUCAUGUUAUAAAUUAGUGAAGAAGAAUCAUUCAAUAUAAAUAAUUUAUAAUAAAGAGAGGAUGAUGCUGUUUUUAUUGAAGAUGAACCAGAAAAAGCUUUGGCCAAGCUUUUGAGUAUUCAUUAGUAAAAUUUUCAGGAAAGGUAAUAUAAAUUAUUCUUCGAAUAUGUUUAUAGAUAAGCUUAUGCUAGACAUUUAGCUGAAUUAAUAAUAAUGAUAGGGAAUGAAGCCUAAUAAUAAUUGACUUAGAUUAUAAAUUAAUUAAUUAGUGAUAGUGACGAAAUAAAGAAGAUUCUGAUCCAUUAACUAAAUUUAUUAAUAGAUCAUAUAGAUGUAUCUAUAAUUAAACAACAUAUAUUACCAGCAUCAAUGUAAUUAAUAAAAUAUCAUAAUUUUGACAUCUAAUCUGAUGUUUAAAAAUAAAUAUCUAGAAUAGCUUAGAAACUUUCUAAUGAAGAAAUAAAUGAAUUAAUAUUAAAUGAUUUAAUUCUAAUGGCACAUGAUGAAUCAAAUGAAGAGAAUAAAAUGGUAGCUUUGUAAUUUUUUGGUUCUUAUGCUCAUAUUGCAAAUUAAUAAUUCUUAGAGUCAUUCAUUUCAAUAGAAUUUAUUAAUGCAGGUGAGGAUAUAAGUGUUAGAGUAAGAAAGGAAUCUCUUUAAUAAUUACCAUAAAUUGCAAAGUCAGUAAGACCUGAAUUUUUUGUGUCCAAAUUACUUCCUUAUUAUCUUUAGUACAUCUAAAAUUAAAUUAUCUUAAUAGAAAAUCUGAAGAUAAGUCAUCUUGGCAUAUACGUAAAGCAUGUGUAGAGAUUAUUGUGAAAUUAGCUGAGAUAGCUCCAAAAUAAGUUAAAUAAAAUGAAUUAUCUAAUAAAAUGGUUGAAUUCCUAAAGUAUUAUAUAGAUAUUUAAAUAGGGAUUCAAAUAAAUGGGUAAAAGCAUCUGCAUUUUCACUUCUUGGAUAAUUUAUUCAUACAUUACAUGAUUGUAAUUAAAAAAAUGAAUAGUUAUUAAAUGAAUAUUGCAGAUCAUUAAAUAAAGAUGUUUGUGAAUAUUUUUCAUCUGAUUAAGAAAUCUAUGAUGCUUGUGCAGCAACUUUUCAUUAUGUUGUAGAAAUAUAUGGAUAAGAGAAAUGGCCAAAUCUAUUAAAAUUAUUAUAAAGUUUAGUAAAAAAUAAGGGAGUAAGAAAAGUGUUGGCAGAAAAUUUAUAUAUAAUUGCUAAAUCAUGUGGUCCAAGAUAUGCUGAAAAAGAUUUAGUGAUCAUUUUAGAUUCAUUUUUAAAAGAUUUAAAUGAUGAAGUUAAAUAUGCAGCAGCAAAAAAUUUAUGGGAAUUUAUUAAAAUAUUUGAUGAAGAAAAAAGAGAUAAUUUAUUAGAUGUUGUUUUAAUUAUAUAAGUAAUAUUAAAUUAUAAAUAUUUAUAGAGAGAUUAAAAGAAAUGGAGAAUACGUCAUCUUAUAGCUAAAUAAAUUAAGCAUUUGGUACCUUUAUAUAGUGUAGAUAACAUAUUUCAAAUCAUAGUACCAAUUACAUUGAAAUUAUGUAAUGAUAUUGUAGCAGUUGUAAGAAAAUAAGCAGCAAAAGAAAUGCAUUCUAUUUUGUAAUCUUUGAAUACAGAAGAUGAAACAAGUUAAAUUUAUUAUUAAUGUUUAAUUGAAAAUAUCAAAGCUUAUGGAAUCAGUCAUCGUUUUAAUCAGAGAUAAGCGUAUAUAUCUUAUUCUUUAUUAUUAGAUUUGCUUAUAUGUGUUCAAAAUUAAUAACCCUCAAAGAAUUUGAAUCUACUUUCUUGGAAUAAUUUGUAUCUCUCAGUUUGGAUCCUGUAAAAAAUGUUAGAAUCACAGUAGCUCUUAUUGUUUAAAAACGAUUUAAAUAAGGUAUUUAAAUAUAUAUUAUUUUAGGACAUCUCAAAGAUAAUCAGAAAAUAUUGUAAAUGAUACAAAAUCUGAAAACACAUAAGGAUAGAGAAGUGCUAAAAAUUUUGGACUGA